GGUGAUAAUGGUGACAAAGCCGUCGAAAGGCUUUAUGGCCACGGGUGUGCCUGGCUGUCAUCGAAAACACAGCGGAAAGCGUCAUUCACACACACCGCCACCUCUUAAGAAGAAGACGCUGAAAGCUGGCCUUUUCGCCGAUGAUAGCGAGGAAAAGGACGAUAGGGGCCUGAUGACGGCGACAAUCGGGGCGACAAGUGAAGACGUGGCUGCGACAACGGGCGGUGAGACGUCGACCUCCGCAAUGCCCCUGCUGCCUCUACCAGUAAAUACUGGCCUAGAGUUAAUGGGUGCUUCGACGCAUUUCCAGCUGCCUUAUGACAUCUGGUACUUACGCAAACACCAGAAGUUGCCUAGUGCAAACGAUUUGCUAGGCGGUGCUAACUACAAACGCAUCAAAUCCAACAUCUAUGUGGAUGUCAAACCCGUAUCAGAAUAUGAGGCACAGGCCUGCACAUGUAGGAAGCCCGAUGGCCCAGAUGCUGAAGAAACAGGAUGUGGUGCCGAUUGCCUAAAUAGGAUGAUGUACGCAGAGUGUUCCAAUGCAUUGUGCCCCGUAGGCGACAAAUGUAACAACCAAAAGAUCCAACGCUUUGACUGGGCUACUGGACUUCAACGGUUCAAGACCAAGGACCGUGGUUGGGGAGUUCGGGCGGUCGAACCAAUCAAGGCAAACACAUUCAUACUCGAGUAUAUCGGCGAAGUGGUCUCGGAAUCACUGUUCCGCCGCCGGAUGGAGGAAGUGUACAAGAAUGACAAGCAUCAUUAUUGUCUGAAUCUGAGCGGUGGCAUGGUCAUUGAUGGUUAUCGAAUGGCCAACGAAGGUCGCUUUGUCAAUCACAGCUGUGAACCGAACUGCGAGAUGCAGAAGUGGUCCGUAAAUGGCGUCUAUCGUAUAGCGUUGUUCUCACUAAAGGACAUCCCGGCCAUGACCGAACUUAGUUACGAUUACAAUUUUGAGAACUUCAACAAUGACCGCCAACAAACCUGCCGUUGUGGAAGCGCUAACUGCCGGGGUUUCAUCGGCGCACGCAAGAAGGCCCCCGCCGACAAGGCCGACAAACAGGACAAGGAGAAAAAGGACAAAGAAAAAACAGCUUCUGGAAGUAAAAAACAACAACGAAAGAAGGCCGCUAGUCGAAUAAAGGACACAGAGAAGGACAUCAAGGAUAGCAAACUGCCAGCGACUACAACGGCAACAGGUCAUAGUCUUUGUCGGGUUGCCAGUGUUCGGCCAUUGUCACAUCAGCAGAGAUGUUUUGUGUUAAAACACAACCUAUUUUUGUUGCGAAAUUACGAUUUAACUCGACGAAGUAGAGAACUCACUCGAGGCGCUGAAGAAGACAGUGUUUGUUCCGAAACGACCGAGGGCUUUCGCACCCAGUUAACGGCUCUGAGCACUGCUCGAUCAGUGAAAACCCGCCAGCUUGCAGCAGCCCAAGAUGACACGAAUUGCGUCCGGGCGGCAAAGCUGGCACAGGUGUUCAAAGAUAUUUUGAACGCGAUUCACUCGUGCAGGGACGCUCAAGGCCGCGAGUUGGGACAACGGCUGAAUGUACUUCCACGUGGCAAAAAGAAGCUGCUCAACUAUUAUCAACAUAUAUCGCAGCCGAUUGACCUAGUCACUAUUGAGGGUAACGUUGAUAAAGGCGCGUACGGAUCUGUUGAGCAGUUUUGUGCGGACGUACAAUUACUGUUCUCCAACUGGACUUCAUACGCUGAGCAUUUUGAGCCGCAAUUGGCUAGCGAUCUUAUCUCUCUAAAAAAUACCUAUAAGGAUUUCCUACUCGCCUGUACACCAAUGCUCAACGAUAUUGCCAUGGAUGAUGGAAAUGCGUUGUCAACCGAGCACCGUACCGUCGACUGCCUUUGUCGAACUACGGCACGACGAUACGCUCUUCGCAAGUGCACCGUAUGCGACCGAUUCUUCCAUGAGCGGUGUGCGACACUCGAAAAUAUUGGAAGGACGAAAUGUGCUUCGUGCGACAAAGCCCUACCCAUUGAUAUUGCCCUUGACGAUGAAGCAAAAUCGACCAGGUCAGACAACCCGUCGGCGAUGACCGCUACAGGAAGUACUGACUCAACCAUCAAGAAUCAGCCCUGUACCCAAAUGCUUUGCGUGGCACACGGAAGUGUACUGGUACAUAAGGCCGGCUUUGCCGCCGUACGCAGCGAUUCCCGUCGAAUACUUCAGGUGUGUGACAUUCUCCGCCGCACCGAAGAUGGGGAAUGCUUCGUGCGCGGCUUCGAAUUCGUAUCACCCGGACGCGCUGGUCUGUUGCAACAGUUUAAAAAUCGAACGGUUCAUGAACGCGAGCUGGUCCGUCUGGCUAAGCCAACGGUACUAUCGCUUCGGGCGCUAAAUGAUACUCGUGUGCCCUGGGUCUUGGACGUAGCGGCAUUUUGCGCCGGUAAACCAUCGCACGUGGACGCCGCUGACGUGUUCGUUUGCGAGUUCCGCUUGGAUCGACGCCAGCAACAGCUUCUACCGCUCAAGAUGCAACUUGACAUCACGGUAGGUAUCUUUGAGCUGUUCUCCACUAAGAAACCCUUUAAAAGAAAUUUACGAGUUAAGGAAGAGGAGAAGUCCGCAAUGCCAAUGACACCGACUACAGCAAGUCAACAAGAUACAGCAGCAGGACAAGAUGAUGGUUCCGAUGUUAGCAACGUAAUGGCCACAAAAGUCAACUUCGACCAUCGCAAGCGCAACCUUCUUAGAGUGCUUUCUGCAAAAGAAAAACUCUUCAAUUUUGGCAUCGGUGAACGAGAUUUAGGUGGUGAUUGGGAUUUGACGGCAAAAGAAGGUGACGUCGACAAACCCCGAACAGCAAUGGCAAUGGCCAAGGCAACAGUCAACGGUAAGGGUGUGGGCGUCCGUCCGACGUCGAUACACGCUGACGCGUCCUCUUUGCCGACAAGUGCCACAAACAGUAUCGCAGCUUCGGCCAAUGCAAUGUACAGCACUUUGUUUACCACCGCAGGCAGUUUCUCUAACGACAUAGACGACAGCAGCGACAUGAGCACCACGACGAUCGCUAACGGACACGACGGCAGGAGCUAGCAGAGGUCACCGAGGAAAUCACCCUCUAAGAAAAAGCGCCAUAUAAUGGCUAUGUCCUUCACGUCGCCGCUGAACAACGAUACCAGCAUUAACAGUAAUUGUGCCACGUUGCCGCUAACAUUAACAUCGUCAACGCAAGAACAUGCCCGUCAGCGACCAGCUAUCAUAAACAAAUAAAUUAGGCCCGGUUAGAAAAAAAAGUACCUCAGCACACUUGUUUAUAUGUGUCCGCACAGUUGGAACAAUGUUUAUUGCGAAACAGCAAACGAAGAAACGUUAUUGCUACUCAAUGCUACGGCCAAUGUAGCGUAUGGACAACAGCAAAUCCGGCGUUGCUUGGCUGGUUGAAAUGUUUUCUUUUGCCAAAAAAAGAAUCGAUCGCUCUACUUAUUACACGUAUAUACUAUAAUUAUCGGUUGUACCUUGGAGCUUUUUACUUUGUCCCUACUCUUUCUCAGAAAAAUUACUGCCCGCCUCCUACGUCAGCCCCAAGUGUCGUGGUCGACAGUUGAACUGAACCUCCAGUUGUCCUAGAACUUUCAUUUCUGCUACUGCUACCACCUACAAUGAAUAUUUAGCCUUCAUAGCUAUGGAGCGGUAAUGAAAUCCAUCUGGCUUACAUCCACCUACGUAGCGAUCCUUUUCAUCAACGACAACAACUACAGCCCAGGCCCCUGUCCGCUAUCAGUGGCUGGUUGAUGCAUGCUUUCAUACCACAGACUCACCACAUAGAAACGCGUUUCAACCCCCAGCUGUUUGCCGCCAUCGAGCGUUAGAGCUAUUCUCGUUCUUGGCGUCCAGUAACGUAACUACAGCGAAGAUGACAACGAUCAAGAAAAAGAUCAAUGGCAAUAGUCUAGAAAAAAGUCUGCAGGAGAUCAAUACUGCUUCCUUCCUACUUCAAAUGACGAUGUCUAGUGCCAAGCGCGCACGCCGAAGUCAACCCGGGUGCUUAUUAUUAGUACUAUCGCCAUAAUAAUGAGAGCAUCCCUAUUACCGUCAUCAUCAUCAUCACCGCCGCCACCACCACCACUAUCAUAAACGAAUAUAAAGAUGAAGAAGACACAAUGAUAAUUAUAAUGUGCAGUGGUCAAGCGUUUGGCGUGUUCUAGACAACAAACUCUGCCAACUCCGCACUCGUAUGAGGAGAUCUGUAUAUACACUGUAGAUUUUGUAGAAAUUACUAGUAGAAUAUAUACGUACGAGCCGAAAAACAGGGCAUGUGAAAAAUCAUCGCGGGUCAGUACACACACACACACACACACACAUACACAUACACACACACACACACACACA